CUCCUGAUAUUAUUGGUGCUUCUGGCGAUUGGUCUCUUGUUCGGAAAUAUCUUUUCGCCUUUUACUGACUAUCCGUCCGAUGCACUACAAUUGCGUUAGAGCAUGGGUGAUGUUGCCUUUAGCCAUCUUUUCUGGCAUUUACUACUUCAUUGCUUGCCCUAUUCUCCUUGCGCUUAUCUGGCGAUACCACGAUGCAUAUGGAAUUAGAAACUCCCUUAUCAUCUGCGUUGUGACUGGGAUGUUACAAUAUCCUAUUGUCAUUGUCUGGGAAUUUGCGAUUCAGCCGAUCAACCACUACAUCACCCCCUUUAUUCUUCACAUGGGCUCAGAUGUUUAUCAUCUACAUACAGUCGAUUGUCGUACCACUGGUUGAGUCGUUUUAUAUUGCCUACCGAGAACGCAGGAGGUCGAGCAUGAAUGACGCAGACCAGUUUAUUGACGAGUUCCGACGUCCAAGCCGGCUGCCCAUCACGGCUAGACGGCAAUCGGGAACAACCAGAGAGGGUUUUUUAUGCAGCUCUACAGGAUCCCGGAAGAGCACGAGAGACUCAAACAGUUUGCAG